GAUCACUACAGGUGUUUUGGAGUUUAGUUCAAUCAAACUGAUGACAUGGGUAAUGGCCUGCACAAGUGAUGGUGUUCAGUUACCUCAAAGUGCUGGCAGCUGUGUGAGUGUUGGUGCCUCUCAUCUAGUUCAGCUGUGUUUAGCAAAGCACACAAGUUGGGGGUAAAGGUAGGCUUGUAAUAUCUUUGUGGCUGCUUGAGCCUGUGGGGUGAGUUACUAAUAUAUUAAACCACUAUUCUGCAGGAGUUGCUGAUGCUGGCAUCAAGCUGUAAGACUGUAUCUUUCUAUGUUAUUAUUCUUUUGAUUUUGGCCAAGAGUGGUAUGAGAUUUUCUGAAGGAUAUAAACCUUAAGAUAUAACAAAAGUAUUUUUUCCAAAGUGUAAGCGGCACCAUGAAUAAGAAAUUUGAUUAAAAAAAUAUGUUAGAGCUGUAAAAAGGCAUUUUCUCAUUUUAUAAGUCUACCACAAAACAGGCAUUUUGGGUCCUUAUGGAUGGAAUGCCAAUAAAAAGCUGUUCAGAAGAGUUCUGCUUAACGAUACACAGUGGAGUCAGUAGAGUACUUUUCCAAGAGCUGUGAUGUUGAUUGCAGCUAAAGAAGGAGAGUUUAAAGCGUAUUUCAUGCCUCUGCAGUCUCAUAGUUACUACAACCAUAUUGUGUCUGUCUUGAAAACUCACCUUGACCCCAGCCAGCAGCCCAGAAAACAGUUUCUGCAGUUUCCCUGCCUUCUCAGAAGGCCCCAAAGGCUCCUUACUUUGCUCUUUCUCCUUGAAAGAUUAAGGGCUCUGUGGCUAUUGGCCCUGGUGCAAUCACUGAGAGAAACUUCAUGGUAAAGCUGGGAAGACAAAAAAGCACUGCACAGCUGAAAACACUGCAAUGCCCAUUGUGAGUCAGCACUCCAGCCUCCACUACUCUGAAUAGUGUUCACAAAACGCUCAAAAUAUAGACAACACUAGAAGCGAAAUAUCCAGAGUCAAAGCAAUCCAUCAGGAGCAGACAUACAAAGUCACUCUCAGUGACCGGUCUGUAUAUGGGUCCCAUGCUUAGCUAGGAAAAGUUACAGGCAAACAAUAGUUUCUAGAGUGAACUAAACUGUUCUAUCUCAACAAUGUAUCAUAUCUUCAUACCAAGAGAUGGGCUCAAUACUUCAAAGAAAUAUGCACAGAAAUAUGCCAGAUGAAGACAGUGAUAUUUCAACUGAAAAGGAACCUCUUUUCCAACACAGACCUAAUGGUGAAAACCAAAUAAAUAUAAUAAGGAACAUUAACACAUAUGCCAGAACGAAGACUCUUGCUCAGGGCUUUCUGGAUAUGGCACUCUUCACUGCUAAUGCUUCACAAAUGAAACACCUUCUGCAACAAGGAACUGAUGCACAGUUUUAUUACUUUCUUUUUGUCCUUCUGUGCAUUUCAAUCAUCCUCCAGCUAAUGGUGGCAGCUUUAUUGAUCUACAAAGGGUCAAAGAAUAUAGAAAAUGAUGAUCCUGAGCACAGACUUAGUGACAGAGUUCACCUGCUGAAUAAUAUUGUGACAGGGCUAAUUCUGGUCAUCACAGCUGUCAAAUGUCUUCAUCACUGCCUUCUGGUUUUCUCCUCUUCAACUGACCCCUGAAGACCGAGAUCCUGCAGCUACAGGAACCAUUGCAGUGUGUUAGCAGGAUCAUUACUAUGUGCAAAGUGCUCAAAGGGUGAAAAUAUAGUAAACUUUUACACAGGAUUAUAAGGUUUAUAUCCAAAAACAAAUCAAAAUAAAACUGACUCUUUUUGGAUAGGGAAAAUCUUGGUCUUCAAGCAGGCAUGUUGCCCCUGCUCAGUUACACUACUUAUAAUCAGGUAGAAGUCACUAAUCUCAAAUUAAGUCUCUUUAUUUACAAGGUCAGUUAAUCCCAAAGUAGAUUAUUAAUCUGGCAUGUAAAAGAUAUUUUUAAAUGGCAUUUUUCUUUCUUAGGUUGUUAGGUUAGGCAGUUUGUUUCCUGCACUUUCUUGCUUAUUGCUACAAUGAAUACUAUGACUAAUCUGAUAUCUGAACUGUUUUAUUCUUUGCUUGUUGGUUGUGAUAUGUAUGAACAUAGGUGUUGAUACCACCUGGACAGACACAACUCUUGGAGUACAGGCAAUAUCUUUCAUAUCGCCUCUCCCCAAGAGUUUUGUCUGCCUAUGCCUCUAGACCAACAAGGCUACAACAAAUAUACCUGAAACAUGGAAGAUAUAGUAAUUAGCCAUUUUGAACUGAAAACUUUGCAACAUAAGAAGAAAGAAGUAAAAUCCAGCAUCCUGCCUGCCAUUGGCCCCCUUGAAGUAAACACCUGGCUCCAGCCUGUGUUUGAGCCUAAUUUGCAUACUUACAGAGCAGCCUUUUUUACAAAAUAAAAGAUAUUGAGUAUACCCAAGAGGUUUGUCUGCCUAUGCCUCUAGACCAACACGGCUACAACAAAUACCCUUGAUACCACUUGCACACUGUUUUAUACAAUUCAAGACUUGGUGAAAUACUUUCUGAAAUGGGCUCAACAUAGUACAAUGCUAUGAAUUCCUGUAGUCAAUAAUAUCCUUCCCAACAAUUAAAUUGCCUGAUAAAUGUUGUUCCUGGGAUUUGAUUUGUGAAAACACAAACUAAUUUCUUGAAUUGUAUGAAGCCCAAUGAUUCGAUUCAUCUAGAUACUUGCACUUUAAAUCUCUUUGAAUGUACAUAAAGAAUUCAUCAUAAAUGAUCUGCAGGUAAAGCAUUAGUUGUUAUGGGUGACAGUCCCCUCUGUGCAGUGAGUAUAAGUGAGACACGUUGUACCAAGCCACUGUGCUGGACCUCUGCCCACUGGUGAAUUUUACUCUGUGAAUAAUUUGAAACAAAUGUGGCAAUCUGUUUGCUCAAAAUCCACAAACAAAGAGUUGAUGUAAUUUGUCUAAGAAAUGGCUUAGUGUGAAUUGCUAGCUCCCCUCUAAUGAUUCGGACAGUAAGAAUCCUUUCCUUGAGCAUCUUUUCUGCCACAGCUUCAUGGAUCAACUGCUAAACUUCACUAAUGCUACAGAGAUUAAAGCCAAUAUUUUACAUUGUCAGUGUUUUAUUUUGCAAGAACAAAAAUCUUGAACAAUAGCCAAGGCGGCUUCUGAGUUUUCCUCUCCCCCCCAAUUAAUCCUUUUUCCCCAUACACACCAUGGGUUUCCUAGGCUUGAUUAGAUUGUCCAGCUUUAGCUGCAGCAGUCUAUUUAGUCUGAAAGCUACAUCCUGAUAAAUACUGACUAUGAGAUCCUACUUUGUAACACAAAGCUUCUGAUCUGCACAUUGGAAAUUGUAGGUGUUUCCUAUUUUUAGCUCACCAAAAAGCUGCAUCAGAAAAUAUCUGCAAAAAGUUAAACAGCUCAGAGUCACUUUCUUCAUCUUGUUUUCAUAUUAUAGCUGACAGAAAGAAGCAGGAGUUCCCAAAAUGGGAAUGUAUGAUUUUGACCCACUACCAUUUAAGUGCCAUCUCUUCCUCGGUGCUGUUAGUGUCCCCCAGGUGUUCAUCUGUCACAGAACAUUUCUGCUGAUGCCUUUUGACUGUGUGAGCAAGUGGUCUUGGUUCUCUAAAUGCUUCAUCUUUUGACAUAUUUCCUUUGAGGUUCCAAGGUUCUUUUUUCCUGUUGCUUGAAACCUGUGCAACAGAAGAGUUCCUGACCACAAGAUUUACUGAAAACACAAGAAAUGGAUUUAAAAUGCAGAAAAUGGUAUACUGCUUCUGAUGAUUUGUCUGAAUACAAGGCACGCUCAGCACAGUUGCAGACAGGAAGAGGAAACAUUACAUGUUCAAAGGGCAAGCUUUAACUUCUGCAACAUUUCCAGUCACAGUCUAGAAAGAAUGAACCCUCUCCUGUAUCCAAACUGUUUUGUAGGUCUUCAUGCCCCAGUCUUGAGCAUCAUAUUCCAGGGGUCAUUCCUCCAGUAUCUGUUAAGUCUCUCCACUGUUCUUGGAGUCAAAUAAUUCAGUGUAGUUUGAUGGACUAUUUGUUUUUUAAAAAUCUCACCUCCCUUGGUUAUAAAAUAUGAAUUAUUUACAGGCUACAGGCUUUCCCAAUAAGUAUUUUUUUCUUCUGUGUGUGUAACCUUAUAACUUCUUUAUUUCUAUGACUAGCAAGGAAGCAGUAACAGGUGAGUGAUUCAGCUUGAACUGAAUAAUAGUUUUAAUGGUCAUCAAAGGUGCAGUUUCACGUCUAGUGCAGCCACUUGGCACUGGGGCAGGACCAGCUUCUGUUGCACUGACUACAACAGCAUAAUCACCCACCCCUAUGGCAAUGGCUGCUAUUUAGCCCCCUGCCCAAAAAGGGUAGUGCCUGGGGCUAUUGUCCCCACCUUUAAAUGAAAUAAACAAUGAAGAUGUUAGCUGUGGGCCAGUCCCUGUGUGUUGUGACUAACACAAGCUGUUCAUGCUCUCUUCUGUUCUUCUCCAGUAUUAAUACUAACUGGUUAAAGGGGAGGACUGAAUACAUUCUAAUUGUACUCAUCUGCCAAGGCCAGCUAUGAGUUGAGCCAUGUCAUCUUAUGAGAUUGGCUCCAGCUGUCAUUUUCCUCUUUCCUCUCCUGCUAUGUGACUCACUUUGUUGAAGUGGUGUUACAUGAGCAGUGUCACUAAUUAACACAUUGUGAUCCAAACGCUCAGCUCAAGAUCUGCUACUUACCCAAAUCCCAGCGUAACCAGCACUUAUAACAAGCUGUACUCAUUCACAUCAUUAAUAUCUUCUCCUUUGCCUAGCUCAAACUGCAUUUAUUAAGGUAUUUAAAAUUCCAAAUUUAACAAAACAUUUAAAAAACAAUGAGCAACGCCUAUACCAUGACAAAGGGUUCUUCAGCUUUAACUCUUAAAACUCUAAACUAAAACACUGUUGGAGAAACCAAGAGAGGUGUAUAGGUCCUGGUAAUAAGACCACAUUCCAAAUUAGCAAGGAUUGUGGUGCAUACCUGGAUAAUCAGGUGUAGCCAGGAAGUGAGAAAUCCUCCUGCUACAGGAAAUGAUGCUAUGUAGUGCUGUCUCAGCAUACUUCAGCUUGCUUUUUUUUUCUAUAGAAGCAAAAUUCUUCCUUUCCAGAUGCUCAUUUGCACUGGGUACACAGCAACCAAAUCAGUCAAAUUCUAAUGAAACAUUACAGUAGCAGAAUUUUUCCAGCCACCUCGACUGUAGGUUCUUGAAACUGGGACACAGGUGAUGAGUUUUAACAGCAACGUCUUUUCUUUCAUGAGUUUAUCAGGCUUGUAAUGUAAACAAAAGAUGUCAAUGCAUUUAAAAUAAAUAAA